GAGUUUGCGCAGUGACGUCACAACCACACACGCGCCUUGGCUAAUACUUGGCAUCCGCGGCGCUCACACGAACAGUUUGCUCCUCUAAUUUUCAGUUCUAAGAUCAUGUCGUGGGCCAGGUUGAUUUUACUUGUGUUUGUUGGAUUUACCCUUCACGACACCUUUGGGCAGCAGCAGCAGAAGCGGGACCGACGGAAGGGAGCGUACAUAGGCCAGCUACAGACGCUCCAGCACGAGGUGUCGGGCAAGGUGUGGGCAGUGGACGAGGACAAGCUCUUCAUCGAGAACUUCACCUUCGACGGCAGGAGUCCUGACACCUUCUUCUGGAUCGGGAACGGCAGCCAACCCAACCCAAAAGGCCACUUGGUUCGCUACCCGCUAGACUCACCUGACGAGAAGCCCGUUCAGCUUUCCGAAAUGAAAGGGCAAGACAUCCUACUGCACCUGCCGCCUCGCCUCAAAAUCACCGACAUGGACUGGUUCUCGGUGUGGUUCCGCAGGUUCACGAUCAACUACGGCCACGUGCACAUCCCUAGUGACCUUGAACCCCCGAGGAAAAGAGUCUUACCGGAGUUCCAGCGGCUUGCCCACCAGCUGCGCUCCGGGAACAUCACCAUUCUAGACGCGAGGACCUUCUAUAUCCCCAACCUGCACUACGACGGCAAGGGGCCCGACGCUUACUUCUGGGUGGGGAAGGGAACCGACCCAGAUCCCAUGGGCCACAAGAUUCCCAAUGAGAUGGGCAGCCUGGAUGUCUUACGAGCCUAUGAGGGAGAAGACAUCGAGCUACAGCUGCCGGAGAACCUGACGGUGUAUGACAUAGACUACCUCGCUGUCUGGUGCGUCGCCUACAAGCAUAACUUCGGUCACGUCCAGAUUCCUCCUGCCGACGACCUCUGGGUUCCUCCCGCCCUCGGCCAGACGCGCAUCAAGCCCCACUGGUGGUACUCGGGCGAGACGGGACAAUCUCACAUCGCGCCACCGGAAUUUGGAAACUGCAGGCAGCUGAGUCCUCACCUGCAGGUGGAGUGGCAGGCCAGGGAGGAGGAGGUGCACGUGCGUCUGACAGCGGUGAUGGGCGAAGACGAGUACAUAGCUUUCGGCCUCUCCCCGAACAGUGUCAGACCGCAGAUGCUGAACAGCGACAUCGUCAUAGCGUAUUACGAUCACGACGACGGUUCCUUUCAUGCCAUCGACUACACCGUCACGGCCAAGAAGCAGUGCACUGGAAAGAUCGGUGUGUGCCCAGACGAGAGAGUGAACGGCCGGAAUGAUGCCUCCGUGAUUAGUGGGGAAAGAAAGAACGGCGUUACCAUCAUCACCUUUGAACGUCCUUACAAGACCAACGACCCGAUGGACAUCCCCAUCUCCCGCGCCUCCGAGCAGCGCACCGUCAUAGCCGCCAUCGGCCCCCUCAGCCCCAGCAAGGAGGCCAGCUACCACGAGGACUUCAUCACUGACAAUCACGUGCAGCUGGACUUUAAAUCAGUGGGAGACAACACGUGCAACCCAAAGCCCGGGGCGGGUCCUGAGUCGCCGCGUUAUCCCCCGUGGGAGCCCCGGGUCCUCCGCGCCAUCACGAAUUUCACUGCCACCAUCGGUCCCACAGGGGGCGACAGAGGCUACUCGCUCGUCACCAGUCCGUCGCAAGGUUAUCGUUCAUGGAACCUCGCGUGGUGGAUCGAAGACAAGCUUAUCCCUGAAAUCUAUGUGGAGCGUGGCCAGACUUACUACUUCACUGUUCACGGCGGCAACGACCACAGCGACAUUGCGAGAUACCACCCGCUGUAUAUCACGUCAUCGCCUGAGGGUGGCUUCAACAUGAAGACUUCAGAGGAACAGCAGAACGAGCGGAUAUUUGCUGGUGUGGCUUACUCAAAACUCAGGAUGCCGGAGCCCACGGCAGUGGGCAGUCUGUGUCAGUGGAAGCACAUCGGCCAGGACAUGUGGCAGCAGAGCGAGACAUUCGAAACGUACAAGGAUUCGCUGUACAAGUCAUGUGAUAGCGGGCUGCCGGGUUCGCUGGUGUGGACCGUCGCUGAGGACACGCCUGACCUAGUGUACUAUCAGUGCUACAGUCACCGUAACAUGGGCUGGAAGAUCCACGUGGUGGACAGCGGAUACAAGCAGCCAAGGAAGGGAGACAACGGUGGCGUCUCCCUCACCUCGUCUCCCUUUGUCCUCCUGUCCUCCUUCCUCCUCUUCCUUUUCCUGCAACCCUCCACCUCAGUUACCCCAUUAGCUCUCACGCCUCCACUCAGAUGAAAUUCUUAGUCACCCAUAGCCUACAAAUACCACCCUCCUCUCCUCCCCCGCCGCCGUCUCCUCGCACUCCAGCACAACCCCACCAUCACUCUCAAGCUCCACGGCUAUUCUGAGAUAAUAAAACACAGCAUAAUGGUAGUUUUGCGUGUGUGAGUGUGUGUUUGUCCCAGUGCAAGCCUCGACUGUUUCAUUUUCGAGGUUCCAGUGUCUCAUUUUGUACUUUAGUUUUACCAUAACGGGAAUGUACAGCUGAAGAGAAUUUUUAAUGGUUAUAACUGUAUGUACUAGUGCACAAGUUUCUCUCUCCGUCGCUUGGCCCUGCGUUGUCGCUUAGAACACCCACGUACGUACUGCAGUUUUGUAUGUCGACUGUGAUUCUGACUAGAGUCGAGUCGCUCCGGAGACUGUGUCACUCUCCGUGUUGUAAAUAAGAGGAUUUCUGCUGCCACUUCCUACUGAUAUCACCAUCGAUACUGCUGCUGCUGCUACUUAUCCAUGUUUUUUUACUACAAUACAUUAGGCACCUGGUCUCGUGUUUCCUGUUAAUUAUUUUUGUACGUGUGUACGUAUAUGUGUACGUUUUUGACUCCCGUUGUCGUCUCUCCCCCCACCCCUUGUGUCCUGUUACCCUCGGACCUCACUCACUCGUCACUGUGUCGUGUGUUUCAUCAGCCUCCCGGUGCAGUGCUGUCUGUCCAUGGUCUGUGUGGAGGAAACGCUUCAUCUGUAUUUCUAACGUCAGCAAUAACUAUUAGAUUAAAUGUAAUAUAUUUAAAAUAACUAAAAAAUUAUAGUUUCUACAGAUUAAUUGGGAAAGAAUGAGGACCUGCCAAAUGAACUGACUCCUCGGGAAGGUUGCUAUUGAGGGUUUGUUUGGGACGAGCCCUCAGAGUGCUUGGAUCACUGCUCAGCGUCCGUCAGCCCCUCGAGGCCACCGUGUGCCUCGCGCUGCCUCGUGUCGUCGUCAGGGACGGACUUUUUUUUUUCAUGUGAUUCAUUUCUUUGGUGUUGAGAAAGGGACGCCAGCGGGUGUGUGCUCAAUCCAGUGGUGUAGAAAUGGGAGAGAGGUAUUUCUGUUUGUUCAGAGUCUUCGUACCAUACUAGGUUGUGAUGAAUUGAUUAGUGGGAUAAAUUUUCCACUCUUCCGUCUCUGUUAAUUUUCUGGUAGGAGUACUCUUCUACGUACAGGGAAUGUUACUGUUGAUUUUACUACUACUACUACUACUACUACUACUACUACUACUAUUACUACUACUAUUGAUGCUGCUGCUACUGCUAUUGCAGUCAUUGUCAUGAUGCUAGUGUUGCACCUUUCCUCAUUUAUCUUUUCUUACCUUUGAGUAAUAAUGGUGCAUUCAGAAAGUUUAUCUAUAUAGUCAUCUAUUUAUCCACUACUUAUGUUUCCAAGGUUUAGUUACUAUUAAUCAGAUGACUAAAAUUGGAAAGAGUGAUGGAAGGGAGGAGGAAGACUUGACUAUUGAGAAAAUAAAUGAGAAAUGGGGAAAGUGGACAGACUUGUGACGGAAGAAGAAAUGAUGGAGAAAAUGACAAAACCAUCUUAUUUACUUAAAAAUAUUCGCACCGUCAGCUGCUUUCCCCUAGACCAGGCCAGCAAACAACCCUCGACCUCCGCACUCGUGGACGUCUGAAAUACAACCCCUUUUUGUCUCUUUUUUUAGUGAGUAGCCCAAGAAAAAUUUUUUUCUCUCUCUCUCUCUCUCUCUCUCUCUCUCUCUCUCUCUCUCUCUCUCUCUCUCUCUCUCUCUCUCUCUCUCUCUCUCUCUCUCUCUCUCUCUCUCUCUCUCUCUCUCUCUCUCUCUCUCUCUCUCCUCUCCUCUCCUCUCCUCUCCUCUCUCUCUCUCUCUCUCUCUCUCUCUCUCUCUCUCUCUCUCUCUCUCUCUCUCUCUCUCUCUCUCUCUCUCUCUCUCUCUCUCUCUCUCUCUCUCUCUCUCUCUCUCUCUCUCUCUCUCUCUCUCUCUCUCUCUCUCUCUCUCUCUCUCGUCGUGAGUAGGUGAGCCUGACACGUGUCGGUCACCCAGCCAAGACAACGCCAUACCAAUAGACUGUUCAUGCAUGCCAUUCAUUGUCGCAUUGUGUCACGUCGUGUCGCCAGGCGUAAAUUCUUCAGGCCGAGGUGUGACGGCAUCAAGCGUGCAUCAUUCUUGGCACAGACACAACAGAUCCAGUGAUCGAAAACGGUGGUGGUGAAUCAUAGUAAGUGAUUUGUCUCAUACAAUUGGCAGCGUUUGCCCGAACAUAGGGAGAACUUAGGCCUGGCCAUGAGCGAGGUGAUCCUUAUGUACCUUGCCUCAUUACCCCGCACACAUUAUUGCAUCUUUGUAUUCACACUUCUUAAAGUUGAACUGUUUAUAUAUUUUUUUAAGUGCAUAUUCCUGUUACACU